GUUCUGAGACUUAUGAACUUACUAUUCUUGAAAGAUUAUAGGUAUUACUUGUUAAUAUGAUGAUUUUCAUAAAUUACAAUUUACAAAUGUAUUCCAUCAAACUAAAAUACAUUAAUGGUAAUAAAUUAAUUUUUAUGUUAUUUUAUUUGUACAUAAUAGAAGGUCCACUUGUAAAUAAUAAAGAUCUCUAUGAUUUAUAUCUUGCCAAUCCGAUUACUAUUGAUGAAUACAAAAUAUUACGAAAACCCAUACCAUUGUAUCAUGAAACAAUGUAUUCCAUAUAUUCUUUGAGAUUACAAAUACUAGGAUAUAUUCCAUUACAUGAAAAUAUAUGGACCGAAGAAAUGAUAAAACUAAGACUGAUCCCUAAUGAUUGUUUAUCCCACCGUUACCAAAAGUCUUACUUCAUCAACAUUUGGAAGGAUUCUUUCAAGAGCAUCCACCGUCACUUCGGCUUUUAAUGCCGCCACUCAAAUAUGUAGCAUGUAUCUUAGUUUGCGGCAAAGCUCCACACAUCAGUACUUAUACCUAUGCUCCUCAAGUUCCACUAUUUUCAUUGAUUAUAAGGAGUAUACGUAAUAUCCUCUCUGCGUUGUAAACAUAACAGCUUUUGUUUUGUGAGCUUAUUGUACUCUUCUAAUCCGUCACCGUCCCUAGCACCAUGUUUCUUGUUGAUUCUAUCAUUUGUUUAUUCUAGCCUGUCGCUGUUAUAUCGCUGUAAAAGCGAUGAGGAGCACCUCGGAUUAUUGAAUUUUAGGUCAAAAUGGAGUAUGGUGCCAUACAUGAUGUUCCAGAGAAUUGACCUGAUAACCAAUUUUUGGAGAAGGAUUGAACCUGAAAUUAUCCCUAAAUUGGGUUUUCUUCCAACAGUUUCAAUUAUUUUUUUUUUUCCUUUUAUAGUAUUUGUGGAGACUUAAAAACUCCUCUUCAAGGACCUUCUAACCACACAUUUCAUCGACUAAGUGUUACCUUAGGAACGCCAUAUCGAUAUAAUUAAAUGGAUUUCACCUCACAACAUUUGGCUAACCUUCCAGAUUACACGUUGGAUAUCUAAUUUCGUAAUUAGAUAUUAUUAUUACAACGUAAUAAUAUGUCCCAGUAGGAUCCUUUUAUUACGUCUGCUGUCGAGCUACUAUAGCUUCCCGACUUAGAACUUAAAUCAUCUGCAGCUAUGAAGCUCUGACUCGCCCCAGUAUACUCACUUGAAUUUGGCUUAGGAAGUUGUUGAACUUGUCAAUGCUUAUAAGCUAGAUUUAGAGGACCACUACUAGCUGUAUAUACUAAAGACCCAUAUUUGACCCAUCUAAAUUAUCUUUCUUUUAGACAUGAACUUUAAAUCCUUCUCAAUUAGUAUCAUAAGGUCUUACGUUGCAGGAUUGCUACAAUAUUUAUUUAAGAAUUUGAAUUAUUGUGCUGAAGACAAACUAUCACCAUCAGUUUCCAUUGGACAUGUAUUAAGCUUCUCCUCAUUUGAGUCUGCAAUACUAUUAACAAUUUGUUGAACUGUUCUUCUAAUCUUGAAUUAGCAAUGCAGUUCAUCACAAAGUGACCUUUCUUGCUGUACCGUUUACAGAUCCCCUGCCUGGACCUAUGCAGCUUUUAGAUUCGUGACGAAAAAUAAAACACCUGAAACCCUACACCUGAUUCUCUUUUUCUUUCAUCUUGCAUUAAACCAAUCCAAUUAUAAGACGUCCAGCAGAACAGAGUUUUUAGCCGUAUCUACUGGGACUACAAUUACUCAGAGGCGUGUUCAGCAGGUAGGCCUGGUAGGCCCGGGCCUACCCUGAUUUUUAACCUUUAAGUAUACCCAACAUAUGCAUUUUAAAAUUAUAUUUAUACAAGCACACAAAUGUGUUGACUAUACAAAUUAUUUUUAUAACCAGGCCUGUCCUAAAUUUUGGUCCUAGACACGCCUCUGCAAUUACUGCGAAUAGACCACCUCCGUAAAUUUUUCCAACACUUAUAUUUUAAACAUCUUCUGUAGUAAUGCCGUAGUCUCGAAUUACUGUGCCUUGGAAGGCUCAACUGCAUAGCUGGCUACCUUGGUUGAGUUUGUUGGCGUUGUUGGCUUCAUGAAUGAAACUACUAAGCCACCUUAUUGAUGAAUUAUGUUUCUAAUCAUAAUUUUUAACAUUU